GCAUUGAAAGUUGCCUAACUCUAAUCAUAGCCUAAUUCAACGUCAACGUCAACAAUUCGUUUGUUAUCCAUGAUAAAACCACCAAAUAUACUAAAUAAUAUCCGUGAAUAGUCCAAAAAUAAACCAUGGCUGAGCUAAAAGAAGUGCCCACUGAAGAGUUGCUUUCUUUUCAAGACUAUCCCUCAACACACGCAACAAAUCCGUAUGGAAAUGAUGGCGGUGCCCAAAUCAACUUGGAUAUGAGUCCACAGAAAUCAGCCUUUCCAGAUUUCAAUAGUCCAGACUCCAAUCUAACGGAAACACCACGAGAUGAAGACAAUAUAGACUCAAACAAGUUGAAAUCCUUCUGGUCAAUUGAAUAUUUCCAACAAUUCUUCGAUGUGGACACACAGGACGUCCAAUCACGCAUUCUAGGCUCAAUCAUUCCCGCUAGAAACGCCCUACUACAACAAGAAAUCCACUUGAAACCAGAUCUCUAUGGUCCCUUCUGGAUUGCAGUGACUUUAGUCUUCACAAUUGCCAUCAGUGGAAACAUAGUCAACUAUCUUCAGUAUCAUAAUGAUAACUACCACUGGAGAUAUGACUUCCACCUAGUAUCAUAUGCAGCAAGCAUUAUUUUCUUGUAUAUUACAUUAGUACCAGUAUGUCUAUGGGGCCUACUAAAAUGGUCACUUAAUGAUAAUGAACUAGAAGAAUUCAAAGAAACGUUACCCGGCGCGCUAGAAUUGAUUUGCAUUUAUGGUUAUUCACUAUUUGUGUAUAUACCAGCUGGAAUCCUCUGGACUAUACAGAUUGGCUGGUUACAAUGGCUUCUUGUUCUUGUAGCUGCAUCAGUCAGUGGCAGUGUGUUAUUAUUCACAUUAUCACACUCAUUGAAAAACUCCAGACAUAAAAUUGUCUUGGGCGCUUGUAUUGGCGGUCUGCAUUUAUUACUGGCUGCAGGUUUCAUGUUGUUCUUUUUCCAUGUGAAUGAUGCUGCGAUUGUUGAGCCGAGUGUUACAACUUCGCAUGCUAUCGUCAAGGAAAUAGUUAAUGCUUCACACGCAGUCCAUUCAAACAAUACAAAUACGCAUUAAUCUUAAAAAUAUUAACUGCUUUUGUAUAAAUCUAGUUUAUGCGCCCUUCUGAUUUGUUUCAAACGUUACUAUUUGUUUGUGAUAACGAUGAAUAAGAUGUGAAUGGAGUAUCUGUCCAAUUUGUAUCUUGUUUAUAUAAUUAAUAUGAAUAUACUUAUAAUCUAAUAGAUGUACAAUCGUAAUAUACAAUGAAAUUAAAAUGUUAGAAAACA